AAGACUUGACUCACUCUGCACAUUUUGUUUAUCAAUAAAUACUUUCAUGGGGCUGCAGCAAAGAAUGAGGUUUACAGGGCAUCCAAAUGGGGAAGAUCACGUUUUUUGAGGAGAAGAAAUUCCAGGGCCGCUGCUACAACUGUAGCAGUGACUGUGCUGACCUGCACACAUACUUCAGCCGCUGCAACUCCAUCAGGGUGGAGAGCGGUGUGUGGGUGAUCUAUGAGAGACCCAGCUACAAGGGUUUCCAGUACAUCCUCAGCCCUGGGGAGUACGCCGACAAUCAACAGUGGAUGGCCUUCAGCGACAACGUCAAAUCCUGUCGUACCAUAAAGAAUGCGUAUGGCAGUGCGUGGAAGCUGAGGCUGUACGAGAGGCCCGACUUCGGAGGGCAGAUGAUUGAGUGCUCUGAUGACUGUCCUUCAGUGUAUGAUACCUACAAGAUGCGUGAGGCUUACUCCUGUGUGGUGACCGAUGGUGCCUGGGUGUUCUACGACCUCCCCAACUACAGGGGGCACCAGUACCUCCUAGAACAAGAGCCAUGCUUGCAGAUCUUCUUCUAUGAGGACAAGAACUUCCAGGGUCAUUACUACGAAUGCAGCAGUGACUGCCCUGAGAUCAGCUCCCACGUCAGCCGCUGCAACUCCAUCCGUGUGGAGAACGGGGCCUGGGUCAUCUAUGAGAGACCCCAUUACAUGGGCUACCAGUACGUCCUCGUGAGAGGGGAGUACCCCAACUUCCAGAGCUGGAACGGCUUCAAUGACACCAUCCACUCCUGCCGUCUCAUCAGAUAUCCUUCCAGCAGGUACAGGAUGCGCAUCUACGAACGUCCACAAUUCAGCGGCCAGAUGAUCGAGUUCAGUGAGGACAUGCCCAACCUGCUGGACCGCUGGCGCUACCGGGACGUUAACUCGGCUCACGUGCAGGACGGCGUCUGGGUCUUCUACGAGCAUCCAAACUAUGGUGGACGCCAGUACCUGCUGGAGAAGGGCGAAUACAGACGGCAUGUAGAGUGGGGGGCCCUUCACCCGUCUGUAGGCUCCAUUAAACGUGUUGUGGACUUUUAGACCACUUUCCACUUCUUGUUUCUCCCCUCCUGCCGCUCAUUGCUCUGAACUUAACAGACAUGCAAAUAAAAGCACACAAACUACA